AAGGAACCAGGCACCUUUUUCUACUUGGUUUUACUGUCCGUUUCGCAGAUAUACUGAAGUACUGUCAGUGCAGAUCUGUUUGAGUGCACUACCAUCUUCAAAUCCCUGUGCACACUGGAUAAGUGGCUUCCUAAUCUAUGCUGCCUAAGAUGGUCCGGAAGCUGAGACAGGCUACUCAUGCCCCCCAAGAUGCCUCGACUGCACCAGCAACAUUUAAUGAUGGACUGCCACUACCGAAAUUAUUUGCCUUUGAUCUAGAUUACACACUGUGGCCGUUCUGGGUUGAUACACAUGUUAGCGCUCCCGUGAAGCCAAGAGACAACAACUCUCGCUGCGUGGAUAGAUGGGGUGAAUCCUUCGCCUUCUACCCCGCAGUUUCUUCUAUUGUCCAUGCAUGCAAAAGCCGGUCCAUCCCUCUCGCCCUGGCAUCUCGAACACAUGCUCCCGAUCUUGCACGCGAUAUGCUCAAAGCCCUUCACAUCAUCCCGACGUUCUCUGAUAACCCUGCGGCCAAUACUAAAUCCGCUCGGGCUCUGGAUUAUUUCAAUUACAUUCAGAUCUUCCCCGCAACAAAGACACAGCAUUUUGCACGAAUUCACCAAGCGAGCGGCAUCCCCUAUGAGGACAUGCUCUUCUUCGAUGAUGAGUCGCGGAAUAGAAAUGUUGAGACGGAGCUUGGGGUCACGUUCUGUCUCGUCAGAGACGGAAUGACCAAGGAGGAAGUUGACCGUGGGGUCUGGGCCUGGAGAAAGAGGAACAGUAUAAAGGCUCCCGAGCAAAAUGAGAAUGGGCAAGUGCAGAUUUGAGGGGUGGCAUAUCAUUGGAUUGGUUUUUACAUGGUUACGGACUUGGAUUUGGUUGGGUUUUCCAUGAAGACUAUGCUGUAUAUACACAAGAUACCCUGACUUUAUAUGCUAAAUUUACAACAACUAGAUCAUGAGAUUAAACGAUGCAUUUUGUCAAACAUGGUUCCUUUCCUUGGAUCCCAAGAACGAA